UGAUGUCCUCAAUGCAAAUCUCUGAUUAUCAAACCUCGCGCGGCUGGGUGGGCGGACAACCUUGAAGGCGGAUUGGGAUAAAGCAGUAGCGAGAGAGCUUAGAGAUAUCAACGAUGGCACCUGCGGGAGCUUUGGCUUUGCUGAGAUGCUGCAGGAAAACAGGAUGGAACAUGCCGGUCUGCAUAAAUCAUUGGAUGACUCAUUCUUGUCUCUCUAAAUCUUUCAAAUCAGAAGCUUUGCCACAUAUAGUCAAAGAAGGAUUAACUUGUGCUCCACUUCAGACAUUUACAGAAGAAGAGUUAAUGAUUAAAGAAUCAGUAAAAAAAUUUGCUCAAGAGCAAAUUGUUCCAUUAGUACAAAAAAUGGAUGCAGAUGCAAAAAUGGAUGAUUUUUUAUUGCAAGGACUAUUUGAAAACGGGUUAAUGGGUAUUGAGCUUGAAGCAGAAUAUGGAGGAACCGGAUCUUCUUUCUUUUCUACCAUUCUGGUUGUUGAGGAGUUAGCCAAAGUUGACCCAUCGGUAUCACUUGCGUGUGAACUCCAGAAUACUUUCACUAAUAAAAUGUUUACAACAUAUGGCACAGAAGAACAAAAGAGAACCUAUUUGCCCAGGUUGGCAAAAGACAUGAUGGGCGCCAUCUGCAUUUCUGAAUCAGGAGCUGGCAGUGAUGCUUUCUCCAUGAGGACUCAGGCUGAAAAGCAAGGGGAUUACUACAUCAUCAAUGGAUCAAAGAUGUGGAUUAGCUUUGCAGAACAAGCAGGAAUUUUUUUGGUGAUGGCAAAUACAAACCCUUCAGCAGGCUAUAAAGGAAUUACAUGUUUCAUAGUAGACCGUAAUACAGAUGGCCUGCAUGUAGGAAAGAAAGAAGAUAAGCUGGGAAUCAGAGCAGCAUCUACAUGUCCUGUAACAUUUGAAAAUGUGAAGGUCCCUGAAAGCAAUAUAAUGGGACAAGUUGGUCAGGGUUAUAAGUAUGCUAUUGGAAUGCUGAAUACAGGAAGAAUUGGCAUAGCUGCGCAGAUGCUGGGAUUAGCACAGGGGUGUUUUGAUCAUACUAUCCCAUACACAAAGGAAAGAACCCAGUUUGGAAAAAGCAUUUUUGAUUUUCAGGGACUACAACAUCAGAUUGCUCAAGUAGCCAUUCAGAUUGAAGCUGCAAGGUUGCUGGUCUAUAAUGCUGCCCGAUUUGCAGAAACUGGGAAACCAUUUAUAAAACAAGCAAGCAUGGCUAAAUAUUAUGCAGCAGAGGUUGCAACUCUAACAACAAGUAAAUGUAUUGAAUGGAUGGGUGGAGUUGGCUUCACGAAAGAUUAUCCGGUUGAAAAAUUUUACAGGGACUGCAAGAUUGGUACCAUAUACGAAGGAACUUCAAAUAUCCAGUUAAACACUAUUGCAAAAUGCAUUGCCCAAGAAUAUUGAAAUUCCAGGAAUUAAGUGACUGUUGCCAACCUGAUUACUUCUCAGAAAGUUAAAUCUGGUUUUACUUCUUUGUGGGAUUGCAGAUUGCGGGUUUUAGGACAAGGAAACAAAUUACAGUAAUUUUUAAUCAUCGUGCAACUUUCUGUACAAGUGUACAAUGUAAAUGGCUGGACUAUUUGGAAUCACCCUAAGAAUUCUUACUUAUUUUUCCAAUCACUGUGAAAUAAGAGGUUAUGCACUUCCACACUCCCUUUUAAACAAGCAAAGAAACAAUCUCGUCUGCUUUUGUACUAGACCAGUGGUUCUCAACUUUUUCUUCACCAUGGAUACCCCUUUAAAUAUCUUUUGUGGCCACGGAUCCCCCCAAGACUUAACUCAAGAUUUAAAUCAUAACAUUUCUUUAAGCCUUCGUGGACCCCAUGACGACAUUGAGGCCCCUCAGGUCCGCGGACCACAGGUUGAGAACCACUGUAUUAGCCUAUCAAAUAUUUAAGACGUCUUUAUAAUUCUGUUUAUCAAAGUGAUAAGCCUGAGCAUAUUCAAGAAUGUUCCAAUACUCUGCAGCACUUGCAUGUUAGUGCUAAUAGUAACAAUCAGUCCUUGAAAAGAUUAUUUUACUAUUUAGAAAAUGACAAAGUAAAUAGUUAACAGCCGUGGUGGUGCAAUGGUUAGAAUGCAAUAUUGCAGGCUAAUUCUGUUGACUGUCGGCUGCCAGCAGUUUGGCAGUUUGAUUCUCACCGACUUAAGGUUGACUCAGUUUUCCAUCCUUCCGAGAUCAGUAAAAUGAGGACCCAGAUUGUUGGGGGCAAUAGACUAACUCUGUAAACUGCUUAGAUAGGGCUGUGAAGCACUGUGAAGCAGUAUAUAAAUCUACGUGCUACUGCCAGCUACUCAAUGAUUGGGUAAUUGGGGAGAUGAAGCAGAUUUUUAUCCUAUGCUGUUCAGAAAGUGAUACUGUAUGUAUGUAUGCAUGUAUGCACACAUAUAUAUUUGUUAGUAGUAUGGUAGAUUUCCUAACGGGAACCCUGUUACCUUUGUUUGAAGUAUCCAGUGUUUAAUGACAAGAUGAAAGUCAUUCAGAAGCAGCAGUUUUAUCGCUUUGUUCCAGGUUUCUUAAUCCCACCCAGUAGAACCAAUAUUGUAGGGUUUGGGUUUUUUUUUCUAGGAGCUUCAGAGUUCUAAAUUUUCUCCAUCAGGGACAUAGUUGAGGACAGGGAAAAUUUUGGUUCUUAUAUACAGUAUACAAAAGCCUGCCAAUUUUAUCCUGUUUCUCCUUUCCUUAUGCCAGAGAUUUUUCUAUGAAGGCAGGGAGCGGAGAUACUACUUUCAAUUCAGAACUCUCUCUUAAAUCUCAAAGAGGGAUUCCCAGUCUUUACUACAGUCCUGCAAUUGCAGCCCUUUUAUCCCUAUACAACACUCUGUGUUUGAUCCUCAGCAUUCUGCAUAAAUUAAACAUAAGUACCAGUAUUCCCAAUUAACAGAACACUCGUUUCUGAAGAAUUCUAUUUAUUUUGACAUAUGAACUGUUACAAUGUGUUCUAGAAUAAUGUGUUAGAACAGAGGCCCGCAACCUUUUGGACACCAGGGACCGGUUCCAUGGAGAGAGUUUUUUCUGCGGACCAGAGACGGCGUGGUUUUACGUGCUUCCUGCAUCCUGUGGAUGGGCUUUGCUUGUUUGCAUGGACCGGUUUCUGGCAUGCUGAGGCCCAGUGCCGGUUCAUGACCAGGGGUUGGGGACCCCUGUGUUAGAAAGCAUAGAUGAUAUAUAAAGUCAACAAGAACUUGUGUUUUACAUUGAACAAUGUGUGGAAAUGUUGGCUUCUUGAAAGUGCAGAUAAGAAAAGAUAAAAGUUACAGUUAAAUCAGUGAGCUUGCCUUAGCUGCCAUCACAAUCUUUGCCUUUAUUGGAUUAUAGAAUGUAUUCUACCUCAUUGGGAGGAAUUGUGGCAACAGACUUAUCAGAUGAAAGUGCCUGCUUUAUUUAGUGCCAUAUUUGAAAUAUAGAUGUGUCUUACAUAUUUAAAUCACCUGUAUAUGAUAUGUGCCCUUACUAGUACCCGUGUUUCCCCAAAAGUAAGACCUACCUCGAAAAUAAGCCCUAGCUUGAUUUUGGGGGGUUGGCCUAAUAUAAGCCCUUCCCCCAAAAUAAGCCCUAGUUUUAGGGUGAGGCACACACCUAAAAAUAAAGCUGGGGUGGGGGUGUGAAGGUGUCCCAUGUGCCCUAUACCCACUUACCUCUCCUCGCUGGUCUACUUCUAUGGCAUCCCAAGGCUUGCAUUUCAGAAUCAGCAGCCUUUCCGGAAGGACACUGCAGCCGAGAACCAAGCUAUGGAUUCAGUCCAUAGCUUGGUUAUGCAAGGUUCUACCCGUGAUGGUAACACGAUUGCGCCCAAGAGGAAGGAAAGUCACCUCACCAACCCAUUUGGUGUGUAGGCGCAGGACCACGGGCGAAGAGCAUGUGGAUCCAUGCGCGCGGCGCAACGGUGCCUCCGUGAGAGGCAAGCACGGAUGCCCGGUGUUGAGCAAGAACUGCGGAUCCCAGCGAGAAUUGCGAGGCGACGCCCGAGAUGAUACGAGUGCAGGGAACAUCGAAAAAAGGGUGAAGAGAGUAGAGGCCAGGAGCAAUGAUACACACAUGAAUCACACCCAUGUAGGUGGGGGGAGGGGAACAGAAGGAAAAGAGCAGGGGGAGACACCCAAUACGUAGUUUAGUGGGGUGAGAAAUAAUGGGAGCUUAGAUGAAAAGGGGACAAAGAAUAUGGAGGCAACAGCCAAAAAAGGGGGGGAAGGGUGUCUUCUGACUUAAGAACCUGUGACAAGGGGGUGAGUGGUGAUACAUAUACAGUUAAGGGGAGUAGAAAAGAUAUAGAUGCUAAGGAUACAUCAAAAACACAACCCAAUCAGCUAGGACCAGUGACGAGGUCCAGGAGCCGGAUGCAAACUCGGAUUAAUCCUAUAAAAGUUUCCCCCAUUGACUAGCAUUAAACCCUGACGAUGUCGGUAGUUUUCCGACGAAAGCUUGGUUAUUUAUUAAACUUUUCUAGUUUAAAUUUUUCCUGGUGUUCAUAUUUGGUUUGUUUUUUGCAGUAAGAUUGAAUCCAUAGCUUGGUUCUCAGCUGCAGUAGCCUUCUGGAAAGGCCUUUGAUUGCAAAAUGCAAGCCAGAGCUCCAUUCUUAGCUGCAGAAUGAAGCUGCUUCUUUGGCCGCAAAAGGAAUGGGCCGGCUGGGCAGGGCUGUCAGUGCCAGAGAUGAAUGGAAAAGACAACACCCCCCCCCCAAAAAAUAAGAUCUGGUGCCUCUUUCGGAGACAAAAAAAAAAUAAAAAAAUAAGACCAGGUCUUAUUUUCGGGAAAACCCGGUAAGUAAGACUAAUCACUUGAAAAGGGGAUUAUUCAUCACAUUUGCACAGAGGAGCAAAGAAGACAAAAAGGACAUGAGAAAAGAAGCAACCGUAGAACAUUGGGCAAUAUACUGACAUUGUAAACUGUCCCUAGAUAGUUAUAAAGCACUAUGGGACAGUAUUUAACCUCUAAGUGCUAUUGCUAUUGCCGUUCAACAUUCCUAAAUGCUUAUUGGCCCAAGCCUCUUAGAGAAGGGAGUGAAAAUGAGAUAUGAUUUGCACAGGGAGUGUAACAUAAUCUCUUGUAAAUGACACUUGUGAAAGUUGCUUAGCUUGUGCUGACAUUUUAUAUGCCUGGCUAGGAAGAAGUGGUGCGCUAUGGAGUCAUGAUGUAUUUAGAGGUCCCACGGAUGGUAGGAGAGAGACAGUUCUAAGGAUAAGAACGCAAACUUUCCAGAACAUAUGCAGGCCUAUUGGUUAUGUCUUUUAAAUGUCAAGUGCUGCAGCACUUUGUCUCAUUUUUAAAUUGUCUUCGGGAUGAGUAACAUCCUACUCUUGACUGGGAAAGAUACAUACAUACAUGUGCACAUAGUACACACAUAUGUAUUCUACUUUUUCCUCUAAAUCUUUAAUGCUACAUGAAAAGGCAUUGCUUGCCUUCCCCUUCUCAAGUAGCUCUGAGCCCAACAAUAACAGAAAUAUAAAUACAAAUUAAACUGGUGUGUCAGAUAGCCAUUUUGGAGAGUUUUACAUCUUUUUAAGAAGUUUACCUCUGUUGUUAUCUGUAAAAGUCAAAAAAUAUUUUCCAAGUGGGAAAUAUGGUCAGCGGAUGGAUCGUAUGUGCAAAAGCAAUUUUUCCUUCUCUGUUGUAGGCAUCAGCGUCCUCCCACUCAAUAUUUUGGAAGUUUGAACAACUCUAUACUGUGUGGGGGAGUAGCUGAAGGUGGUUGGCAAUUGAGAAGAUACUAACAAAAUUUCUUGCUGUACCCGGUUUGUACUGCUGACAGGCAAUCUCCUCUAGACCUAGACAGCUAACUCUAAAUCCAACAUAUUAACUUUUUAUUUGAAAUGAUUUUGUAUCAAGCAUUCCUUUCUUGGAUAAAUAUUAUCCUGUUUACUUUGGGCUACAUGUAAUGAACUGUAUUCAUUUUUUUAAAAAAAAAAGAUGAUUUUUUUUCCAACUUAGAGGUACAUUUUUGAAACAGAACAUCUAAUACGGGCAAUAUGUUUGUAUUGCUUGUAUGUUUGUAUUAGUGAUGCAAACUUGAUUCUUGGAUAUGUAUUUUGUAAUUUUCACAUAGUGAUUAUAAGCUUCAUCUGGAAAAUAAUGCUGUAAUCUGAAAAGGUAAUUAAGUGCAAAAGUAAAAGAGUAAUGAAAUCAUAUAAGGUAUGUGGUCUCUCACACACAAGGAUCACAAACAGCACAAAGUUCCAUGUUCCUUUACCUUCUUCCUAUGGCAUAGACCUCAUUUGCCUCUUCCAUUCUUCUUGCCAGGUAUUCAUAAAAAAAUCAAAUACGUGUCAGAUGUCUCAUCUAGUUUAUUGUAUCCUGAAAUAGCCGACACACAACUAGCCAUAGAGAAAGUGACAUUGGACAUAACAUCCUGGUGCAGGAUGGGAAACUUGCUUAUGUUAAGGACAACAUACUGUAUGGUAAUUAGAACUGUGAUGGCGCAGCGGUUAGAAUGCAGUACUGCAGGCUCCAGGAGUUCGAUUCUGAAUGGCUCAAGGUUGACUCAGCCUUCCAUCCUUCCGAGGUUGAUAAAAUGAGGAUCCAGAUUGUUGGGGGCAAUAGGCUGACUCUGUAAACCACUUAGAGAGGGCUGUAAAGGACUGUAAAGCGGUAUGUAAGUCAAAUGCUAUUGCUAUUAUGGUAGGACGGAGGUUACAUUCAUUCAGUCCAGACACAUGCACACACAGAGUGAAGUGGUUUGCAGGCUAACUAUUUUUGCACAACAUGGCCGUUCAAGCUACAUUCCCAUUCCCAAAUCCAUGCUGGCAGCCUAUCAGGCAUCCAUAUAUUCAGUCACGUAGUUGCAGCAAAGAAGGUAGAUAGCAUUUUUCUUUUCAAAUUCUGCUGGUUUAUGUAUGUAUUUUUAAUGGGAUACUUAAAAAACCCCAUAAAAAUAAUGUAUUGUAAAUAAAUGUACAGUAAAUAUUUUAAAACUAACUUAUAGGAACUUUUCCAAAGAGCAGUUGAUACUAGUAUCGUGGAUGAAAAAAGAUUGAUUCCAGUUGAGUGGAUAGCUGAGUUGGUUAUUGUGUGUCUUUCUCAUAUGGUGUAUUGAGUGAUGUUUACAGAAAAGCAAAAAUACCAUAUUAAGGUUUUUAAUGUUUGAAGUUAUUUGAAGCCUGAUCCUCUCUUGAUCCCAAUACAGUUUAGUCUGCUAGGAGGAAAAUUUAAAGAUUUUCUGUUCCUUUGUACUUCUCUGUCAUCUUCUGAUUUACCAUUGCUGCAGCCAUUGCUAUAAUGCCAGUUUUCCUUAACAAGACAUGCUGACCAUUGAAUAUUCUUAUUACAGAAGUAAAGCAUUGUUGGUGUCAGUAUGGAUAAGACUCUGGAAACUGGAUCUUGCAAAAACAGCUUUCCAGAAAAUCAGCUGCAGUUGCAGUAUCAGUAAGUCAGGAAAGGGCUGGCAAAUGACAGAGAGCAAAGGCUACAUCAAAGGCCCUUGAGGGCUGCUGGUAGCCCACCUCUGACCUUAUAUAAGAUGGGAAUGUUGUUGAAUCAAUUGGAAAGAAUGAGUAUAACAUUAUCAAACUUAAUGUAUAUUUAUGUGGAAAAUUGCCAAGUAAAUCCAAAAUAGUUCCUUUUGACUUCAGAAAAGGAAACUUCUCAAAAAUGAAAUUAAAGCCAAAAAGG